GGCUUGCUCAAAUGUUUGAAUCUCUCUUUGUGGCCAAGCUGUUACAGUAUUAUAGGCUCGUCAUUUCGGCCAACCACCAGACUCCGAAAUCCAUAUCCGGACAUUGGCUCACCUUCUGGAACCCGCGCAAUGUACGCAAUGUAGCGGGGCCAAGAACCAGCACAGCCCACUAAACUCCCCCAAGACUCUCGGCCAUUUCCAGAACAGCACCGUUCCAGCUCCCCGACGAAUUCUAGAUCUCGCAUCUGCAUGUCCUCAGGCCACUAUUUGAUGCUCCGGGAUUUCUUGUCAUCUUUGACACCCACGCUUUCGUUUCUCGUAGAACUCUGAUAUACAAACAGGUGCUACCGGCCUUUUUCUCUUUCCAAUAUUACGUUGGAGCGGCUGUUCGAAUCUGCAACUCUGCGAUCCUCGUUAACAAAGCGUCCUCCCGCCAACCAAGAUAAUGGAUCGCCAAACCAUCAUGGAGACCAAUCGGUCUCUUCGAAACAUCAAGAAUGAGCUCGAAAGCCUUCUCGAGAAAGGUGUCAUCAACGAAACCGCCUUCGACACCAUCCACUCCGCUCUCCCUGCCGAAACUCCUCUUCGAGGCGCUGCUUCUGGAAGUGCUGGCCAUUCUGCCAACCCGACACCGGCCCCGGCUGCAGCUGUUGUGACGCCUCCAGUUCAAGCUUUCCAGAACCUCAACGUCAAGGGCACCUCCCCGGCGCCUCCAUCAUACGACGACACUCCCGCGCCUGGUGUCCCCACCCGCUCGCCAGGCAAACCCGUUCUGGCCCAUGCCAGAGCCCUGUACCGCUACGAUGCCAGCGACGCUCGCGACCUGAGCCUGGAGAAGGACGACAAGAUCGACGUGUACGAGUACAUGAACCAGGACUGGUGGAUGGGUCGCAACCACCGCACCGGCAUGGAGGGUAUCUUCCCCCAGAACUACGUGUUUGUGGAACAAGAGCAGAAGGCUCCCGCUCCCGCUCCUGUAGCCUAUCCUCAGCAGCCCGUCUACGGCUACCCGGCUCCCUCAGGACCACCCGUGCAGCAGAACCCGUACAAUGCCAGCGUCCCGCCUAUGGCUAUAGCUGAGGGCGGCCAGCCUUCUCAGCAAGAAGGCGGCGGCAGCAAGGCCGGGGAGUACGGAAAGAAGUUUGGAAAGAAGCUUGGUAAUGCUGCCAUCUUCGGUGCAGGUGCUUCGAUCGGUAGCAACAUCGUCAACAGCAUCUUCUGAGGGAGAGGCAUGUGAUUAUACUUGGGGGACACAAGAGAUUGUGAUUGGUCCUUGAUUUUUCCAUCUUGCUAUUUGCCAUUUUUCAUCUGCUUCUUUUCAAUUUAUCCAACUGGUAAUGUAUGGCGUUCGGGUUGGGGUUGAGGUUUUACGCUGUAUUUGAAGAUGGGCAAAAUUAUUCUUCGCCUAUUCCUAGUGAUAGAGAGUGUCAAUAUGGCUUCUCUUUAGCUAGUUUAUAUAAUUUCAGAAGACUGAAUGGAAUUUUUAUAAACAGAGCAUGCG